AUGAGCACAUUAAAACCAACCCUACCAAACUCCUCAGAACUUUUCAGGUCUCAUAACCUUCUGGGCUUGAGCCGUUUAGUCGACCUCCUCCAUGGCGCUGUCGCCGGUGGCAGCAGCGGGGGUCUCGGUGGCGGCCUCAACCUCAGGAGCGGCAUCGUCCUCCUCAAUGUUCAGACCGAGCUGGACGAGCUUGAGAGAGGUCUCGAAGAGAAGCUGGACGAUGGACUUGACAGUGCGGUCGUUCUCACCGUCGGACUCAACCUUCUUCUUGAGCUCCUGGAUGAUGGAAGACUUGGGAGAGAUCUCGAAGGUCUUCUUGGAGGACAUGUAGCUGGACAUGGAGGUGUCACGGAGGGCCUGGGCCUUCAUGAUACGCUCCAUGUUGGCGGACCAACCGAACUGGCCGGUACGGAUGGCGCAAGGGGAGCCGCCGAGCUUGUCGGAGACGACGACCUUCUCGACCUUCUCGCCGAGGACGUUCUUGAGGCUCUUAGCGAGGGCCUCGUACUCCUUCUCCUCGGCCUCACGGGCCUUCUUCUCAUCAUCGGUCUCCUCGAGCUCGAAGUCCUUGGUGAUAUCAACAAGCUUCUUGCCCUCGAACUCCUUGAGCUGGGUCAUGGCGUACUCGUCAAUGGGGUCAACAAGGAACAGAACCUCGAAGCCCUUGUUCUUGAGGGUGUCAAGGAAGGGGGACUUGACGACGGCCUUGAUGGACUCGCCAGUGAUGUAGUACAUGUUGUUCUGGUGCUCGGGCAUGCGAGUGACGUAGUCCUGGAGGGAGGUGAGCUCAUCGCCAGACUUGGUGGAGUUGAAGCGGAGGAGCUUAGCCAGGAUCUGGCGGUUCUGGGUGUCCUCGUGGAUACCGAGCUUCAGGUUCUUGGAGAAGGCGCUGUAGAACUUGUCGAACUGCUCCUUGUCCUCAGCGAUCUCCUGGAAGAGCUCAAGAGACUUCUUGACGAUGUUCUUCUUGAUGACCUUCAUGAUCUUGUUCUGCUGGAGAGUCUCACGGGACAGGUUGAGGGGGAGAUCCUCAGAGUCGACAACACCCUUGACGAAGCCGAGCCACUCAGGGAUGAGGUCAGUAGCGUCAUCAGUGAUGAAGACACGGCGGACGUAGAGCUUGAUGUUGUUCUUGGUCUUCUUGGUCUCGAACAGGUCGAAGGGAGCACGCUUGGGCACGAAGAGGAUGGCACGGAACUCGAGCUGACCCUCAACGGAGAAGUGCUUGACAGCGAGGUGGUCCUCCCAGUCGUUGGAGAGAGACUUGUAGAAGGAGGCGUACUCCUCCUGGGUGAUGUCCUGGGGGUUGCGAGUCCAGAUGGGCUUCUGCUUGUUGAGCUCCUCCUCCUCGAUCUUGGUCUCCUUGAUCUUCUUGGUCUUGGGCUUCUUCUCCUUCUCCUCUUCCUCGUCGUCGACCUCCUCGACGCGGGGCUUCUUCUCGUCACCCUCCUCGGUGACCUCCUCGACCUCAGCAUCCUCGUCGGGGACCUCGGUCUCGGUCUCCUUCUUGACGUGGAGGUAGAUGGGGUAGGAGAUGAACUCGGAGUGCUUCUUGAUGACCUCCUUGAUCUUGGCCUCCUUCAGGUAGUCGAGCUGCUCCUCCUUGAGGUGGAGGAUGAUGGCAGUACCACGGCCGAGGGGCUCACCCUCAGUGUCGGCGGUGAUGUUGAAGGUACCACCGGCGCUGGACUCCCAGAUGUACUGGUCGUCAUCGUUGUGCUUGGAGAUGACGCGAACCUGGUCGGCAACGAGGUAGGCAGAGUAGAAACCAACACCGAACUGUCCAAUCAUGGAGACAUCAGCGCCAGCAGUCAGGGCCUCCAUGAACUGCUUGGUGCCGGAACGGGCAAUGGUACCAAGGUUGUUGACGAGGUCCUAAUGGGUCCGACUUACAGCCUUGGUCAUACCAAUACCGGUAUCACGGAUGGUGAGGGUCUUGUUCUCAAGGUCGGGGAUGAUGUCAAUGCGGAGGUCCUUGCCAGACUCGAGCUGGGUGGGGUCGCUCAGAGCCUUGUAGCGGAUCUUGUCCAGAGCAUCAGAGGCAUUGGAAACAAGUUCUCGAAGGAAGAUUUCCUUGUUGGAGUAGACGGUGUUGAUGAUCAGGGAGAGAAGCUGAGAGAUCUCAGCCUGGAACUCGAAAGUCUCAGCCAUUGUGACGGGUAUCAAAAAGGAAUCGCAAAGUCUGGUUGCUGA